UGCACUUUCGAAGGUUGAUCUCUCCACAAGUCUGUAGACUGAGAAUCGAAAUGGGAUUCAAUUUAAAACUGCGACUAUUUGCCACCAUUUUACUCAUCGGUUUGGUUAGCGCACAGAGAGAUCAUCAACAUGCGCGUUCCGUUCGCACUUCGAAAGGCUUAAAGAACGCGUCGGAGGCGGAGAGCGCCUAUUGGCGGGAGAAUGCACAGAAGAUUCUCUCAGCGAAGCUGGAACAAUUGCAGGCGGCGCACACGAAGCGUGCGAAGAAUGUGAUAAUGUUCCUGGGCGAUGGCAUGUCCAUCCAUACAGUGACUGCCACACGUAAUCUGCUCGGCGACAGUGCGGAGAAGGUGUACUUUGAGCAGUUCCCCUUUACGGGCAUGUCCAAGACGUACUGCGUGAAUCGACAGGUGGCGGAUUCCGCUUGCACGGCCACCGCCUAUUUGGGCGGAGUAAAGGGAAAUUACGGAACGAUCGGAGUGAAUGCAAAUGUGCCACGAUACGAUUGUGAGGCGGCUCUGCGGGAAGAGGAUCAGGUGCAGAGCAUUGCACAGUGGGCACAGGCAGCUGGCAAGGAUGCCGGACUGGUGACAAGUGCACGGGUCACACACGCCUCUCCCGCCGGAGUGUACGCCCAUAUUGCGGAUCGCAAUUGGGAGAAUGAUAUGGAGGUCACGGAACGUGGCUGUAAUUCCAGUCAGACCAUUGACAUUGCUCGCCAGCUGGUCGAGUGGACGGUGGGUAAAAAUCUCAAGGUCAUUUUGGGUGGUGGCAGGCAGAAUUUCCUCAACUCCACAGUGCGCGAUGAGGCUGGAUUUGCCGGAUAUCGUCAGGAUGGACGCAAUUUAAUCAAGGAUUGGUUGGCUGAUAAGCAGUCCAGGAAUUCCUCCGCUAGCUACGUUUGGAGUCGCAAGGGACUCAACCAAUUGGAUUUGGAUAACACGGACUUUCUGCUCGGCUUAUUUGCCACCGGACAUUUGCCCUACGAUGGCGAUCGUGUACGCAGCCCCGCCCACAGCCCCCUGGCGGAUCCCUCCCUCUCCGAACUAACCGAGGCAGCUCUUCGUGUGCUCCGUCGGAAUGAGAAUGGUUAUUUCCUGUUUGUGGAAGGAGCUCGCAUUGAUAUGGCCCAUCAUUCCAACUACGCACGGCGUUCCCUCGAGGACACCGCCGAGUUUGCCAGGGCCAUUAAAAGGGCUCGGGAAAUGACCUCCGAGGAUGACACUCUCAUUGUGGUCACUUCGGAUCAUUCGCAUGUCUUCAGCAUCAAUGGUUACCCAGAUCGCAAUUUGGAUAUUACAGGACUCUCCGAUACGCUAGGCGAUGACAAUAAACCCUAUAGCAUACUAUCCUAUGCCAAUGGACCUGGCUAUGAUGGAACCUUUACCAAGUCGGAGGGUCGCAAGGUCAUCACCCAGAAGGACACUGAGCAUCCGCUCUAUGUGCAUCCCUCGAUGGUUCCACUCGACGCCGAAACUCAUGGAGGUGACGAUGUCGCUGUCUUUGCCUCGGGUCCCUAUGCCCAAUAUUUCAGUGGGAACUACGAGCAGACCAAUAUUCCCGCUAUGAUGGCCAGAGCCGCCGGAAUUGGACCUUAUGCCAAUCUCUAGA